CUAAAGCCAGUCCCAGAAUGGCGUGGUUUGUGCUCCGUUCGCCCAGCCUGUAAUUCGGAAUUUAGGCCGUUGUUGGGUGUCUUGUACUAAAAUUUUCACGCCCAAUAGCCAAAUUGUCUAAUUAACAGUGCCCAAUAGUCUAAUUUAAUAAUAAUUAGUUAAAGAAUAAGGUGAAAAGUGACAAAGGAGCAUCGAUUGACGUAGCCAGUGCGUGCUGUCAGCCCGCUUCACACUGCAACACACGAAUUUAACAAUGCAACUGACAUUUUCGGAAUUAGUGGUAAAUAAUGACAUCUGAAGUGCAAGAAGUUCGUGUAGAAUACGUUGAAAAUUCCCCGCAGGAAUCCAAGCCAACUCCUUCUCCACUAGCAUUGUUGGCUGCCACUUGCAGCCGAAUCGGUCCAACGUCGAACGAGACAUCUACAGGCACCAUGUCGACGACACCGACGCCUUCAAAUGUCAAAAGCGUACCGGUCGCAGCAAGUCCGCAGGUUGUCAGCAUGCCCGUCGGCCUGCCCCAGCAGUUACAACAACAGCUCCUCCAGCAACAGGUUAAUGCUGCUGCGGCCGCAGCUGGCCAGAACGCGCUUGCGUACAACGUUAUGCAACCGAUGCAAACCGUGACUGUCGAUGGCCAAGAAGCCUUAUUUAUACCCACUAUGUCGUUAGGUGGUGGUCAACAACAUCAACAAAUAUUCAGCCCCAGUCAAAUAAUGCGCGCACCAAACACAGUAAUCCCCGCCAAUAUCCAAAACCUCCAAAGCCUUCAAAACCUUCAAAACCUCCAAAACCUUCAAACUGUCCAACUCUCCAACGGUCAGAGCGUCACAGUACGCCCCUCCAUUCCACAAAUGGUCCAAUUUCCAAUGCAGCAAACUAUCCCCAUCCAAGUGCCCAUAUCGACGGGAAACGGACAAACCGUAUAUCAAACAAUCCAUUUUCCCGUUCAACUCGCCGCACCGAAUAUCAUCCAAGCCGCGCAGCCGCAGUACGCCAAUAUUUUGACGCCCAACGGACAGAUCCAGCAGCUGCAGAUCGCCACCAGCGUCGCUGCACCGCAUACGCCCACCUCCGUUGCGCAGAGUACUGCGCAAAUUUCACAGAGCCCUCAAAGAACGUACCGUCAAACAAUCAACUCGCCACCGUUGGCCGUUCAAAAUAUGAUCCAAGCUCAGCCUCAAUUCGCCAACGUUUUGAUGCCGAACGGGCAAAUUCAGCAACUCCAAAUAGCCACCAGUAUGGGCUCUGCGCCACAGACUCCUGCGCAGCAGACUACUACGCAGAUUCAAGCUCAGAUCGACGCCACUCCACAGCUGACUUUUACAGGGGCCAACGGACAACAAUUUACAGUGAUACCUGCAGCUAACUUGCAACAAGUUCGUAACGCUACUGUAGGAAAUUUAGGGAAUUUAGGAAAUCUUAUCCAAGUGCCUAAUAUCCAAGCAAUACCUAAUAUACAAAACAUACCGGGUUUAGGCAAUGUUCAAGUGAUAACGCAGCAAGCCCAGGCGGCAGCUCCGACGCAGAUAUCCGUGGGCCAGCACAUCCAACAAGACCCCACGGAUCCCAAUAAAUGGCAAGUAAUCCCAACGGUUACUGCCACUCCUCAGGGUAACGUCGCUCAACCGACCGCGUCUUCUGGCGGUACCGUAAACACCGGUCAGAUGACGCCUACGGUAACUUUAGUUACUUCGCCAGAUAAUAGCAAUACUACUACGAUACAAAUGUCAUCGGACGCCAAUCAGAACGAUUUGCAGAAGCAGAGAGUACGUAGGGUGGCUUGUACCUGUCCGAAUUGCCAAGAAGGUGAAAGGCAUACGGAUCGAAAAAAACAACACAUUUGUCACAUUCCCGGUUGCAACAAGGUCUAUGGUAAAACGAGUCAUUUGAGGGCGCAUCUUAGGUGGCACACCGGUGAAAGACCUUUUGUGUGUACGUGGCUGUUUUGUGGGAAAAGAUUUACGAGGUCCGAUGAGCUACAAAGGCAUAGGAGAACGCAUACGGGUGAAAAGCGAUUUCAGUGCAACGAAUGCAAUAAGAAAUUCAUGAGAUCCGAUCAUCUAUCAAAACAUUUGAAGACUCAUCAAAAGCAGAGAAUAACGAGGCAGGAUAUGCCCGAUGACCAAGACGAAGAUGAAUCGUGGGAACAGGACCAGCCGGUGUCGACGCCCGAACCGCAAACCGACAUGAAACCAGUAUGGAUAACGGAUAGCAAAAAUAACAUCAAAUACGCAAUAACGCACGUUAACUAUUCACAAGAAGCCGCCACAUCGACACAAUCAGCGUCUUCAGAUAGCUCGAGCAAUGAAGAAAAAAUGAUGAUAACGAUAAGUACGUCCGAACCGGACGAACUCAUCAUAGCCGACCCCCUAGAUAGCUGAGCACAAGCGCCUGUUUAUGUAAUACGCGAAAAAGAUUGUUUGCUGCGUCGAUAAUUCAAUUUUUUGUUAGGAUGGUUCUAUUUAUUAAACAUUUACUUAACUCGUUGUACUUACUCCUGUAUUAUAGCCGAAUAUUUGUACAGAAUCAAAGAAAUA